GCGUGCGUUCAGUUUCAGCGUUUUGUACUUAAGUAUAGUCUUGUCUGAUACGACUGCGCUUGUGAAUUGUGUUCACCUUUUCGCAGUUCUCUGACGACGUACAAAUUGAAGAAUUGACUAUUUUAUAUACGGCCUGCGAUGAGUUUUUCACAAAAAGUUGGCGGAAGCAGUACUUCUUACAUGUCACCAGCAAUCAGUACUAAAGAAUUCACAUUAAGAGUACCUAAGAGUUCUGAUGUAAAAUAUCAGAUGAUGAAAUUCAAUAGUAACCUAAAUAUUGACUUUGACAAAUGGUCUCAUGCCAAAAUGGAGAGAGAUGUCAAUAAAGUAGAUGGAAAAAUUGCAGAAGAAGAUAUGCCUAAAUUUGGGGCAGGAAGUGAAUUUGGCCGUGAAGCUAGACAAGAAGCAAGGAAAAGAAGAUAUGGAGGUAACAAAAAAGUGUCAGAAUCUAGUCCUUGGACAUUGAAAGUUGGUGGGAAAAAAUUUAGGGGUGUGCGUGAAGGAGGAAUAACUGAUAAUUCUUCAUAUUACUUGUUUACUCAUGGAGAUGAUGGAAUAAUUAUUGCACAUAAACUAGAAGAGUGGUAUAACUUUCAACCAGUACAACGAUACAAAACAUUAACUUCUGAAGAAGCGGAAGAAGAGUUUGGAAGGCGCAAUAAAGUUUUGAAUCAUUUUACUCUCAUGGUACAAAAAAGACUUAAAAAUGAAGAAGAGGAAGAAGUUGAUGAAGAUGAUAAAACUAAAGGGAAAAAAGCAGCUAAAAGUCGUAAAAGCAAAGAACUCAAAAUAUCAGAAAUGGAAGAAUGGGAGGAAAGUGAAGAAGAUGAGUCUGAAGAAGAAGAACAGGACGAAGAAAAAAUUGAAAAGAAAAAGAAACAAAAACAAAAAAGCAAAGUCAAAGCUAAACCAAAAAAAAAAUCAAAAGGGUCUGACGAAUCAGCAACCGAAGAAAGUGAUGAUGGUGAUGAAGAAGGCAGGGAGCUGGAUUAUAUAUCUGAUUCUUCAGACGAUGUGACAGAUGAUGAAGCUAAGGUUACUAAAGAAAUGCAGGGAGUGUCAGAAGAAAAGGCAUUAAAAAGUCUCUUGACAUCUGAUGAGGACGAAGACGAAGACGCAGAAAAGAAAGAAGAAAAUAAAGAUGAACAAAAUAAUUCUGAUGUGGAAGAAGAAGAUAAGACUAAAAAAGAAGAAAGCAAACCUAAGCAAUCCUCACCAAAUAAGAAAAAGAAGAAAACCAGUGAUAAAAAAACCAAAAAAGACACAGAUUCAGAUAGUGAUAGUUCUGUAGAUAGUUCAGAUAUAGACUGUGAGCCAAUUAGAAAGAGACCAUUUAGUUUAGUAGAUGGAAUGAAAAACAGUGAUCUUAUUGGUUUCCCAGGCGAUACAUCUAUUCAAAGCAUGGAACCUGCCCAGAAAAAAGCUAGAGUUGAAUUUUCACCAGUUACAAUGUCUGAUACGCAUGGCAUAACCGAAGAGGCUGUCCGUAGAUAUUUGUCACGAAAACCUAUUACUACAACUCAACUUGUGACCAAGUUUAAAAAUCGUUCCAAUUUAAGUUCUGAACAAUUAGUUAGGAUUAUAGCGUUAUUAUUAAAGAGAAUCAAUCCUGAGAAAAAAAUGAUAAAGAACAAAAUGUACUUGUCGUUAAAACACUAAAAAUACUUACUGAGACCAUAUUUUACUAUAGAUUUUUUUUUUUUUGUACUUAAAUUGUUUAAAUUGUACGCUUGCACCAUAUCAUAAGCACUAGUACUUGAGAAACCAUCGCUGUUCUGAUGAUUUGAUUCGACUGUCUGUGUAUGAUGAUCUCAUAGGUCAAUGGCUGAUUAUACUAUCUUAAAUCAUGAUUCAUAGUUAAUUCAUAACUUUUUUUGAUUGUUAAUUUAUUAGAAUGUUUUUGAUUUAUUUUUAUCAUGAUUUUAAGUUAUUUAAAAAACAUUUAAAAUAAUUUUUACACAAACAGUAAUUGUAUUGUUUAAGAGGGCGCCAUAUCCGUAUUUGCUGUUUCCAUCUUUUAAAUAUGUAGCAUAGUUAAAUUUUUUACAAUAGCUCAUAUUUUUGUCAAACUAAUGUGAACUGCUUAACAUAAACAAUAUUACACACUUGUCAAACAAAGAAAAAUAAUAUGAAUGUGGUGUCCUCUUAAGUAAUAAUAACAUAGUAUAUUGAAUACGGCAAAUAUUGAUUAUUAUAUCUUAUUUUUAUUACUUGCUGAAGCCAAAUUCUUCUUUUUAAUAAAUUUUCUUUCCCUUUACUCGGCCUUUAGUCAUAUUAAAAAUUAAAAUAUCUGUUACUUUUAAGCCAAGUUAUGAUAAGACUUCAAAUUAAUACAAUUUAUUUUUAUAUUUAUUUUAUACAAUUAAAUAAAUUAUAAGAAUAAGUAUAAUUAGCAAAUAUUUUUAAAUAUUUUAAUAGAUUUUAUAUACCAACGGUGAUUUUUAUAUCAAAGAACACACAAUUAUAUGCAAACUCGAUACCUACUAUUGAUUAUUAAAUGGCACAACUAUUUUUGAUACCAGAAACGUAUAAAACUAUUUUUAUAAGAAUCUUAGCAUAUUUUAUACUUUUAAUUUCCAAUAAGUUGUUCACACAAUAUAACAGUUUUUAAAUUUGAUUAUGGAAGGUGCUUUUGAAAACUCUCCAGUCUUGUGCAUUCACAUUUGCUAUGACCAAACCCCAUAAUACAACUUAUUCAAUAAUUAUCACAAACAUAAUAUUGUUAUCAUAGUUUUUCCAAUUUUCUAUAACUUAAUGUACUCUGUUUAAAAUAUGAACAGAUCUCAUCGACCAAUUGUUAUCGGCGGCAGUCAGCUAACACCCGUUUGUCACCUCUACCUGGUCACCAAGUCACCAAUCUAUAUACCUGCUGUGUAGUAUUCUCACGCCCCUGCGCACAAGCCAGCCGACGAGGUUUGUUCUUAUUUUGAACGGAGUUUAUAGGUAUUCUAUGCUAUCACAGUCCCUUGAGAUUAUCAAUAAAAACAUAAUUUAAUAAAUAACUGCAUGGGGUAUGAAAAUGAGAAAUCAAUUUUUUGAUUCUAAUGUUGCGAUAAUUGAAUAUAUGUUGAAUUGUUUUUAUUA